UGCUCGUCUCUCGUGCGGCGCCGAGUCUAGCCUCAUUCUCAACAAUCCAUCUCCACAGCCACCGCCGCGCCUGCCCUGGCAAAUGGAGUUCGACUUCGACUCCCAUGGCGGCGACGCUUGGCUGCUCGACGCCAUGUCCACGUCGCUCCACUUUUCGGCCGUUUCGCCCCCGGUGCCGUCGCCGUGGCCGUGCGGCGACCCGCAUCAUCCUUCCAUGUGGCUGGACACGGUUGCCCUGCAAGACGACGGCCCGAGCGUCCCCGCCGGAAAAGCUCACAGUAGCUCUCAUGUACUUCAAGGAGUCUACCAAGCAGCAUUUGUUGGUUCAAGUUUGGGUGCCUAUCAGGAAAGGGGACCACUACAUGCUAAGCACUUCAGGGCAGCCCUUUGUGCUUGACGAACAGAGCAUCGGACUUCUUGAUUAUAGGGCUGUGUCCAUGAUGUAUACGUUCGCUGUGGAUGGGGAUAGUGUCGAAGAAUUGGGUCUACCUGGACGCGUAUACAAGCAGAGGCUACCUGAAUGGACGCCCGAUGUGCAGUACUACAGCAGUAUUGAAUAUGCACGGCUUAACCAUGCAAUAAGUUACGACGUACAUGGUACUGUUGCCUUGCCUGUGUUUGAUUCUUCCAUGAAGUCAUGCAUCGCUGUUGUUGAACUUAUAAUGACAUCAAAGAAAGUAAACUAUGCAAGAGAGGUUGGUGAAGUCUCCAAAGCUCUUGAGGCCGUGAAUCUUAAAAGCACUGAAGUUAUCGAACAUCCAUAUGUCCAGAUAUUUAAUGAAGGACAUCAAAAUGUUCUUGUAGAGAUGUUGGAAAUCAUAACAGUAAUUUGUGAAGAGCUCAAACUACCCAUAGCUCAGACUUGGGUGCCAUGCAAAUACCAAAAUUUAUUGAUACAUUGUGGUGGUGAAAAUAAGAGUUGCUUCGAUAUUCAUGAAAGUUGUGCCCAAGAACUAUGCAUGUCAACAAGUGCUGUUAUGUUUCAUAUUAUCGAUGCUCAUAUGUGGGGCUUCCGAGAUGCCUGUGUAGAGCACCACCUGAAGAAGGGACAAGGGGUUUCUGGAAAGGCUUUUAUCCUACGUAGGCCUUGCUUUACGAAAGAUGUUACUAGAUUCUCUAAAAUGGAGUACCCCCUUGUUCACUAUGCUCGUAUGUUUGGAUUAGCUGGCUGUUUUUCGAUAUGCUUGCAAAGUGCUUAUAAUAGAAAUGAGGACUAUGUAUUGGAGUUCUUCUUGCCACCUGAUUGUAGAGAAGAUGGUGAGCAAAAGGUUCUUUUGGACUCCAUCUUAGCUCUGCUGAGACAGUAUCUUAAUAGAUUGCAGGUAGCCACUGACGAAGGCUCAAAUGAAGUUUACCUUCAAGUCGAUGCUAUUACUAUAAUUGAAAAUGGAGAUAUAAAGAAUGCACAUGUACAACAUAUGAACUGUGAAGGUGGCAUUCAUGCAUCAGAUGAGAGAAAUAUGCAUGUAAUCCAUGAGUCUGACAGCCAGAAAAGAAUAUCCCCAACAGAAUCUGAAACAUGUCCAUCGCCUGAUAACACCAAAUGCAAUGACAAAUUAUUUGCUAGACAAAAUGGUGGAUGUAUCUCAGAUUCUUUAUUGCUUGAAAACAAUAGCAAGCAUAGUGGAAGGAGACAAGGAAAAGAAGAAAAAACAUUCAGUUUAGAGGUUAUUCAACAGUAUUUUACUGGAAGCUUGAAGAAUGCAGCAAAAAGUCUUGGAGUAUGUCCUACAACAAUGAAGCGCAUUUGUAGGCAACAUGGUAUUUCUCGCUGGCCAUCUCGACAAAUCAGCAAGGUUAACCGUACUGUUUCAAAAUUAAAGAAGGUAAUUGAAUCUGUUGAAGGGCAUGAGGGUGCAUUUACUCUCACAUCUGUCACAGGUCCUCUUCCUGUUGCUUUUGGUCCAUCCAAUCCUAUCAGUAUAAAGAACCAAAGCCAAAUUAAUGUUUCUGGACUUCCCAUUCCUUCUGUUCAAGAAAACAGAGACUCAUCCUCACAGAGUAAGUUACUAGAAAAUGAUAUUCACCGAAGCACUCUUGUUCCCCAGAAAAGCUUUCUAGCUAAUAUCAACAGACAGAUUGAAGCAGAGAAAGCUUCCAACUCGAGAAAUUCAUCGAAAGAUUGUAGAACACAUUCUGGGAGAUCAGAAGAAUCCUACCCUGUUAGCCCUGCAAACAUGACAUUUGUUUCAACACUCCUAGAACCGCAACAAAACAUGUACAUACAAGAUGGCUUCACAAAAGAGUCUUUUCAGAAAGAGGACCUGCGGUUUCAUGGGAUGUUUGUUAACGGAUCAGGAAGCUUGAAAGAUUGCAUGAACCACAUCACUUCUGCAGUUAACGGAACGAUUAUAGGGCAUCCAGGAAGUCUCACGACUGCACAAAAUUCAGGGAUAAUAACAUGUCCAGGCAGUCUCAUCAGUGCGCAGAAUUCAAGGAUAGUAACAGUAAAGGCACGCUACAAGGAAGACUUGUUAAGGUUUCGGUUCCCAUGUUCUGGAAGCUUUAUCACUUUGAAAGAUGAGGUGGCCAAAAGAAUACAAAUGGAUGGUGUUCUUUUUGACAUCAAGUAUCUUGAUGAUGAUCAUGAAUGGGUGAAGUUGACAUGCGACACCGACUUAGAAGAGUGCAUGGAGAUCUCUCGGGCAUCUGGUAGCAACGUUUUGAGGCUGCUGGUCACUGACAUUGCUCCAGUCCUUGGGAGUUCUUGUGGUAGCACUGGAUGAUUUUGAAUGUUUAUGAAUCGGCAUAGUAGUAUAAUGCAGUGGCCAAAUCUAGCUAGCUGAUAUUUAGGCUAGCCGCUUCGGUUCUUAGGUACAUCACCAUCUUUUACAGGUAUUUCUCAUUUUGUGUAGGGAAAUCUCAGGUAUAAAUCAUUUCCUUUGAAACAAUGGAGGUAUUUGGUUUGAGGAAUCACUUCAUUC